AUGUCCUCAAAGAAGAAACCGAUUUUCGAAUGCGCCAAAUGUGGACGUCACUUCUUGAGCAAAGAUGAGCCGAAACACGUCGCGGGAUGUCCGGAUCGAGAGGAUAAAGCGAUGAUCCCAUCUCUGGACGCGGGAGGGCUUUUCGUUGGCCUUGUGCAACCGGUGGAGGAUUUUCAGAAAUACCUACCAAAUGAUGCAACUGGAUGGUCAAAAUUCCAUUCGAUUCUCGUCAAUCCGUCAACGCUGAACUUGUGGGGAAUCGUGCCGAGACAACCGUGUCGAAUGAAAAAUGGAGAAACGACUCUUAUCGUGACACCAUGGCCGUGCAAAGAGGUCUCAAUGCUGCGAAUAGCCACUCGUUCAGCGCCGAACGAGAGCCUCGUCCAAUUGACGCCGAUUAGCGACUAUUCGACGGUGAAACGAAUGGAGGUGCGACUUGAUGAGAAAUUUCAACGUUUCACCAACGAUACUCAACUUGGAGCUUUUCUGGAGGCUUACUUGAUGUACGGCUUCUUCAGCGAGGACUCCCCAAUAAUCGUCAGCUAUUUUGGGCACAAAAUCACUCUCCACCCGAUCACGCCAAUCGAUGUGAAAAUGGAAAAUAUGAAACUUGGUGAAGAGGCACCAACAAUGAAUGAACAAUCUCUUGUUCUUCACCUCGCAUCCGGAUGCUCGAUUCUAGUCACACAACAAGGGCAAAAGAGAAAUUCAGCGCCUGAAACACGCGAUCCCCUAGAAGCAAUCGGUGGCUGUUCGUUGGUGAAAAAAGCUCUAGUGCGGUAUAUCGUUGAGCCGAUUAAGAAAAACACGAACCCGUGCUCGUUGUUGUUAUGGGGAUUGGCAGGUAAUGGGAAAACUCUCUUGGUGAACGCUGUUGAGAAGAUUUUAGGAGCGAACACGUUAAAGAUCAUGUCUCUGGAUGAACUCGCCGAGAAACAGAGCCUAAUUGGCGAAAAGACGACUCUUUUGGUGGACAUUACCACGUAUCAACGCGAGCACAAAGCCUAUUCGAUUCUUUCCGAGUUGAUGUCAAGUGGAAAGGUCUACUGCGUGUUGUUGACAGCCCGAAGUGCGGAUGAUGUGGAGAUUGGGACGAGGAUUCGCUUUCCGAGAGAAAUCGAGCUACCAGUGCCCAAUGAGACAGAAAGACUCGAGAUUUUGCGCGUUCUCUCCGGGGAUUCACUUGAGGGACCGAAAAUGAUGGAAAUUGCACGAAUCACUCACGGUUUCACUGGAAGCGAUUUGAAGAAUUUACUCGAGUUGGCCAACUACGAACAAGGCGACGAUUUGGUGCAGAAACUUGAGAAAGCUCAACGUUUAAUUCGACCGACCGGCAUUCGCCAAUUCAUCCUCGAGGUGCCCGACGUGAAAUGGGCAAGUAUUGGCGGGAAUCAAGCGCUCAAGUUGGAAGUACAACAGGCAGUACUCUGGCCUCGACAAUACCCGGAAGCCUUUGCGAGAUUCGGCGUCCAGCCACCCAGUGGCAUUCUCCUAUAUGGGCCGCCAGGUUGUAGCAAGACGUUGAUCGCUCGAGCACUCGCCAAUGAGUCAAAGAUGAAUUUCUUGGCGGUGAAAGGGCCUGAACUGUUUAGCAAAUGGGUCGGUGAAAGUGAGAAAGCGGUGCGCGAUCUCUUUGCUCGAGCAAGACAGGUUGCCCCAACGAUUGUAUUCUUUGAUGAGAUCGAUGCGGUUGGGCAGUCGAGGGGAGCAACCGGUAGCUCAGUUGGAGACAGAGUGUUGGCGCAAUUGUUGACGGAGUUGGAUGGGCUGGAAAAACGAUCGGGGGUGAUCCUGUUGGCGGCCACGAAUCGACCCGAUCAACUUGAUUCGGCUUUGCUGAGGCCUGGGAGACUGGAUCGAGCGAUCUAUGUGGGUUUACCAGACGAGGAAUCGAGAAGGGAAAUCAUUGAGUUGUCGCUGAAAACGAUGAAUGCGAACAAUGCGAUUGCUGAUGAUCUCGAUAUAGAUGAACUUGUGCGAAGGACGGAUGGUUAUUCUGGCGCCGAAAUCGUUGCGUUGUGUCAAACGGCGGCGAUGAUUGCAAUGCGCGAAUCGGUGCACAUACAGGCUGUUUCCUGGCAUCACUUCACCUUAUCCCUUCGUGCAAUUGUUCCCCGAACCGACAAAUCUCUUAUCGAUGUCUACGAGAAAUUCAGCAAAGGAAACACAUCUGUU